AUAAGUAUGUUAAUGGGAUGUAGCGGUCAGGUUUUGGAGCUCAACUCGCUUCCUACCAUUAAACCCGCCCUUUCCGGCCAACUGGCCAAUAGUGGAAGCUCCUGCUGGAAUUUUUUGCCGCUCAAACUAAAUUCGCUCCAACUCCUUCAGCCCAGCUGUAUGUGUCGAUUAAAGGAAAGCUAGAAGGAAAUAAUUCCAGAGUCAGCGUGGCUCCUCUCAGCAGCAGAAAAUGGGAAUCUCUGGACUGCUGCAGUUCAUUAAAGAUGCUGCAGAGCCCAUCAGCGUGAAGAAAUACAAAGGCCAGACUGUGGCUGUGGACACAUACUGUUGGUUGCAUAAAGGAGCAUUUUCAUGUGCUGAGAAACUCGCUAAAGGAGAACCAACUGACCAGUAUGUGUGGUACUGCAUGAAAUUUGUGGAAAUGCUUUUGGCCUUCGGUGUCAAACCAAUUCUUGUGUUUGAUGGACGCAAUCUCCCUUCAAAAAAAGAAGUGGAAAAGUCUCGCAGAGAUCGUAGAGAAGCCAACCUUCAGAAAGGGCGACAGCUUCUACGCGAUGGCAAACUGUCUGAGGCCAGAGACUGUUUUACCCGCUGUAUCAACAUCACCCCAACCAUGGCUCAUAACCUUAUUAAGGUUGCAAGGGCGAGAGGAGUGGACUGUGUUGUGGCCCCAUAUGAGGCUGAUGCUCAGUUAGCCUACCUCACUAGAUCUGGCUUGGCCCAGGCUGUCAUCACAGAAGACUCUGACCUGUUGGCCUUCGGAUGCAAGAAGGUGAUCCUCAAGAUGGACAAGCAGGGUAAUGGCCUGGAGAUUGACCAAAGCAACAUGGGCCGUUGCCAGUCUCUGGGUAACAUUUUCACUGAGGAGAAGUUUCGCUACAUGUGUAUCCUCUCUGGAUGCGACUAUCUAGCCUCCUUACAUGGCAUCGGCCUGGGGAAAGCAUGCAAACUGCUGCGACUGGCCAAAGACCCUGAUAUCCUCAAGGUUAUCAGAAAGAUGGGCCAAUAUCUGAAGAUGAAUCUAGUCGUCCCCGAGGAGUACAUUGAGGGGUUUGUCAAAGCCAAUAACACCUUCCUCUACCAACUGGUGUUUGAUCCUGUCAGGAGGAAGGUUGUACCUCUCACCACGUACCCAGAACACAUCGACCCGGCCACCCUCAGCUACGCUGGACUUAAUCUAGGAGAUGACAAUGGCUUGCAGAUGGCCUUGGGAAACCUUGACAUCAACACCAUGGAGAGGAUAGACAACUUCAGCCCAGAUAAACCCUUGCCACAGCUUUCUAAACCCCGCAGUCACAGCUGGAACCACUCAGCAGUCCCAACUGGGCCCAGUAUCUGGAGUGGAGGCUUAAAGCAGGUAACAGUUGCCCCGCCCCUGUCUUCUGCGUCCCCAGGCAGGCCUUCCCCCACUAGGGGGAAAGAGAGAAUCAUCAGCCUGGUGGGUCUGAAGCUGUCAUCCAGAGAGCUGCAGGGAAAGAGAGCACGACAAGACUCUAGUGUAUCCGAUCAGGAUGUGCUCCAGCAGUACUCGUCCUCCGGUCACAAGCGGUCCAAGUCAGACCAGCAUCCAGACACUCCAACAUUAACCAGUCCGCCUCGGCCACGCAACUGCUUCUCCACCCUGCUGCAGAGGAGGAACCAGCACGCCGAGGAGGACAGCCUCACAUGCAGCAGAUUCUUCAGCAGUUCCACCUCAGCAGCCAGGCGGAUCACUAAGGUGUCUACCAAGGAGGAUUUACCUCAGCCAGAAGAGGCCACAGCAGGGAGUCCCAUCCAAGACAAUUCUCCCAGUACCCUGAUUGAAAAUGAUGUUCCAGACAUACCAUCUGUGGACACCCCUAGCCCGCCUGCCUCACCCAGCACCGCAUCCCCCAGUUCAGCCAGUCAGGGCGCCAGGCUGUUCCUGUGGUCAGGCAGCUCCUCCACAACUGAUCAAUCGACGACGCCUAAGUCCACUUCGGGCCUGGCCGCCCUGCAGCAGUUUCAGUAUAAGAAGGAGUGUGUUUCCUUUUCCACAAAGACUGUGUCACCCUCUCGUCAGACCACUGAUGGAAGAUCCGUGCAAAGGGAGGACCUUCACGAUUUGCCUCACUCACAGGACAGUGCCUACUUCUCUCAGCCUUACCUCACUUCCUGCCACAAAGAGGAAGUACUCGUCGACAGAUCUCCUUCCUCCAGCCAGGAGGAUGCUACAACUAAGGAAAUUAAUCUGAGCAAAGAUUCGGCGUUGGUGCAGAGUGCCACACACUUAACAGAGGCAGAUCAGAAACAUGCUGUGCUGCGAUCAAAGGUUUCAGGUCUGUCAAAACCAAAGUCCAGCAGCCAGGGUCAGGCAGCGAAGGCGCGAAUGCUGGGCCCAGCCAGGGCCAGUGGACUCAGGAGAAGGUCUGUGGGUUCUUCCUCCAACAAUGAAAACAACCCUGGGGUCCAGCCCACCAUCAGCAACCUCUGGAAGAAUUUCAGCUUUCAAAAAAAUUGCCAGAAGAUUGUGGCGUGUAAGAAAGGAGAGCCCAUGUCUCCUAUCAAAGACAACCUGCUGGCCAGCUCGCCUCGGACAGACAAGAAUAUAAUCACCAGCUUGUGAUGGAUGUUUCCCAUGUAUCCAUCACCAGCUGUGUAUGGGGGUGAUGCUUUAAAGUAGGCACACCAUGUAUGAUCUGUUAUCAACUUGUUCUCUUAAUGUACAGUUUUAAAUAAAGCAACUGCCUUCUAAUACAGGUGCAUCUUGUAUGCCAUUUCCUAACUGGAUGUUAGUUGCAUCACAUUGUGUUAUUGUCUGCAGCCAAGGAAUGUGUCCCUUCGUAAGAAUGCACAGUGCAUACUUGAGUUUUAUUGAAAAUGUCCGUCCCACGUGCAAGCUGAGGAAUGUGGUGAUGACACCGCUGGCUUCUUUUCUCUUCACAACACGUCUCGUCCUUUAUCUCCUCACGUCGACCCGGGGAGUGUGCAUUUAUCAGGUCAUUGAACAGGAAAAGAAUGUCAUCCUACUAUCAAAGUGGAACUAUGUGGACCCUCCCCCACCUACCUCUGUAGAUUACCGAUUAUCUUCUAAUGAUCACGAUGACUUGUGUAUUCAUGACCUGUUUAAAGAGUAUUUUCUCUUUUCUGAUUUAAAGACUUGCAUUUAUAAUUGUUUUUUAAUCCAGUUAUUAUUUGAUUCUAUAUGUUGUAUUCACUUUGCAACAUGAAGCUCUAGAUGGUCGUCAGAGUGCACAAGUGUCGUCAGAGGAGAUGAAUGGAGGAGAGUUUCUGUGGGGCAGUACCUGAGAUAGUCC